UGAAGGAUGUCCUUCACCGAGCAGGCUUUAACAGAGAGGACAGCCCGCAAGAGAGUUGAUAGUUCUCUUUUUUAAAGAAAUGGUCUUUAGAAAUCUGUUUAAGUUAUUUUUAGUUAUCAGAUUGAGUCAUAAUAAUGGAAAUAUAGCUCAAAACAAUCUGAAAGGGGAUCAACAUUCUGACAACGGCUAGAUGACACACUUUGUAUCACAUCCCUGUCUUCUUCCGAAGUCCAGGAAGGGGUGUUGUGUCUCCCAAUGCUACAGAGUCUCCCCAUCUACCCCUCAGCGAAGGCCACCACAGUCCCCGUCCUAUGGGUCCCACUGCUGGUCAUCUAUGUCCUAGCUGACAAGCUCCACCGUUUUGUGGCAGGAAUUUUCAUCCCGCAGUAUCACUACCCGUAUGUGGUGGCUCUCUGCUUUGCCCAGGUGGUGCUCUCUCUCCUCGUGCUGAACCUCCUCCACCUCCUCAGGCUGGUCUCUCUGAAGAGGUGCUCCCGGGCCCUGGGCGGCGAGAGGCUGCUGGUGCCGGCCGUCUGUGGCGGCGCCCAGGCCGUGAUGGCGCUGUGGGCCCGGGCCAACAGCUCUGCGGACGGUGGCCUCUUCCCCCUCGCCGCGUGCCUGUUGCCGAUGGUUACCGCAGGCUGGAGCCACACCCUAAGGCUGGCCGCCCCGCCCUCGGCCUGCGUCACCGGGCUGGUCGGUGCGCUGAGUGGCGUGUCGCUGGUGGUCACAGGGUCCCAGGCCACGUUGUCGGGCACCCAUCCUCUGGAGUACCUCUACGCCCCUCUGAGCCUCAUCCUGCAGGGCCUCGCCCUGGCAUGGCUGGCCAAGGUCUCGGAGGCGCAGCGUCACCACCCCCACAACCAGCAGCAGGCCUCCUCCCUAGACCUGUACUACACCCAUCUGGUCCACCAGAGCUGGGUGCUGGGCCUGCUGUGGCUCCUCCACCCAGAUGGCCCUUGGUGGGCGCUGACAGAGGGCAGCUGGUGCUGCCUGCUCUUCCAUGGGUACCUGGUGGCCCUACUCCUGCUGGGGGCGGGGCUGCAAUGCGCCGUCUACCUGACUGCUCAGCGCUGGUCGCCGCUGGCUGCAGCGCUGCUCUCUACGGGGCCCGAGCUGACGGGACCGCUCCUGUCUUUCUAUCUGUACUAAGGGAGCCUGCGUUGUAUCGGCAAGGACUGUAUGCAUGCGGCCUGCGGGGUAUUCAUUUUGUUUGUAAGUUGCAUUACAAGUGAUUUAUAAAUAGGCAUGCAAAAGCCGAGUUAGAGGAUAUUAGCAAAUAAACGCUCAUAAUGCAAUUUAUAAAAAUAUGCAAAGAAAAUAACUGCAUGUUUCAGCCGUUUACAAGUACACACUGGUACUAAUCAUAACUAGCUCCACCUAAUUUUGGCAGAGUACACUGUGCAAUUCUGAUUAUGCAACUAGUGUUUUGCUGCCAAACCCAUCAUUCAGGAACACGAUCAAUGGUUCAUGUGCAAAAAUUAAAAACGAAUGGAUCAAAAAAAAAACCUAGGCAAUGUAUAACUUAUAUUGAGUAAAAUAACCUAGCCCAUCUAGUGUCCUUUGGAACCACUGCUCUGAUGAACAAUUAAUGCUUUACCACUUGGAGUGGAGGAGUGGAGAAUCGGUAAUACUAAUGUUCAACUAGUUGAGGACUUGGAAUGUGAAGUUAUAUGCUUUAAAAGUAUUGUUAGGAGUCUGUCUAGAAAAUGACUGAAAGCUAGUUAGUUAACUAUACAAAAAAAGGCUGUAAAGUAUUUAUAAAAGUCAUUUUAUUUGGCCUACGAGAGUGUCAUUUAAGUGCUCUGUAAAAAAAACUAACAUUAAAUGCCAAACAGUUUUACAAGAUGGUAUCAACAUUUUUCACAACUUCGAAAACGUUUACGGUCUUCCAUAAGUGAGAACACUACGAAAAAUGUUAAACACCUCCAGGGCGACGCCUAGGGCUACAAGGAAAAGCCUGUGAAAUUUAAGGAAAAGGCAAAACCGUAUCAAAAGGGGGACUUCAGCUGAAGAGCGAGUUACAUUCAACAGGGCCUGCUCUCUUAGGAAGGGUCGUUGUUCUGGGGCAGUUGGAAGCCCAGGCUCUGCAGCAGGUUAGAGGCAGGGCCAGCCAGGCCUGCCUGGGAGCUCAGGGACUCCAGGAGGUUAGUGACCAGGUUGAGGUCCACGUCCAGGGGCUGGAUCUCCUCAUCCUCCUCCUCCUGCUCUGGAUCUGCUGGAUCUGCUGCCUCUUCUCCCUGUGAGCGAGCAUCUCCUCUAGGGGGGAGCUUGGAGCCGCUGGCCGGACGCUCCUUGUCACGAUUCUGCAGGAAGGAGAGCAGCGGUUCAAGAGCGGGGUAACAUUUGUCCUAAUGAUGUUCUGGGUUGAUCUUAACAGCCCUGUUUUUAUUUGGAAUUCCGAUUUUAUUGGCUUGUUCGGUUCAAGAAAGGGUUCCUCUUAUGUAUGAGAUAAAGCAAGAGUACUGAACCAUACGAAAGAGAGAAUAACCCAUUUCUUUCUAUGUUGAUGAUAAUGCGUAUUAUGGAAGAGGUGAUGAUAUCAUUACCUUCUGAUUGAAACUCUUUCCAAUGUGUGUGUCCAUCAACUCAUGGUCCAUUUGGUCCAUGUAUUUACGAAGAUUGUCUAGAGUUUCCGUUUCUUUUUCCCCUUGGGAACCAAAGAAUACUUUCACGUCUUCGCUCUUCUCAUCAUCUUCAUCAUCGUCGUCAUCGUCGUCCUCAUCAUCAUCGUCAUCCUCCAGAUCAUCAGAGUCCAAUCCUUCAUCGGUCCUUCCUUCAUAAAUAAAUAAAUCAUAUAAAAUAGAACUAGAGGAAACAGAAGGAAAUUGUGCCCCAAGUCUCUGGAGCAGAAUAUUACUGCUAUACUGCUGUGCACACUAGUACAUACCUAGUAACUUGUCCAUCGCGCUGGCCAUGGAUACUGGAUCAAAACUAAAAGGAUCAUUUGAAUGGGCCCUGGUGUUCAAUAAAGACAAAAAAAACAAGCAAAAAAUAUUUGACUAAAUAACUUCAAAGAGGAGGUUAGUCGUCUAUUUAUAUCAAGCAGCUUUAUCCCGUUAUAACCUAUUAGGAGGUAACAUAACACUGCUAAAAGGAAGCAAUAUGACUAAUUACUUCUAGUAUUUAGCCAUUCUUUAUCCAAAGCGACUUACAGUGAUUGUGGACAUCUAGAGAAAUAUGUCAUUAAGGAGCAGGUAGGGGCUUGGAAGCCGGGGAACCAGAUGAAUCUCGCAACCUAUUGUAAUAUUUAC